AUGGAGAAAGUCAAGAAAUGUAUAAAGAAGGGGGAGGAUUGGACCGAAAAGCGAGCAGAAGCAAUAUGGACGAACCUCCUCAACAACCAUCUCUGGCAGCGCAUGCUCAAGAAUACUCUCGCAACCACAAUUGCAGUAACAUUAGCCCUGAUUCCCGCCGUCGUUCGAGUCUAUGGGAAAGCCGCAUACCUGGCACCCAUCACAACCGUGUUUGGCCACCCAGGAAGACGAUUCGGUAUGAUGGCCGAAGCCCUCGUCCUGGCUCUCUCCGGCACACUUGUAGGAGUAGCCUGGUCGACCUUCGGGCUCUACCUCUCCUCCCUCAUCUACUCCACCGACAAACCCGCCGCCUACACAAUCCGCGGCGUCUUUCUCGUCUUUGCCAUGAUGUUCCACGGCUUCCUGCGCUCGCAUACACCACGACUUUUCAUCUUCGUUCUGCUACUAGUCAUUGUGUCUGUUGUGAGUUUGACGAGUACGGCUACACAUGUUACGACGAUGGCGGUUACGCAGUUGCUAUAUCCGAUUUUUACGGCUGCGGGCGUGUUGAUUCUGGUAAAUGUGCUGGUUUUCCCGGAGUUUUCGAGUGGAUUUCUAGGGGCCACUACUAUAGAGACUCUAGGGGAGACGGUGGAGGCUUUGCGGGAUACGGGAAGGUACUUUAUUAGUAUCGUUGAAGAGGAAGGUGAGAAGAAAGAUGUCGAAUCGCCUACUGAAGAGGAGACGGCUCCUAAGAACGUUGACGAGGAGCCCAGAGCGGAAACCAAUAUUUCGUUCGCGGCCAAAAUCAAAAAUCUCUUCCAGAGGGACAAGACUGGGAAAUCUGGAUCCAAAGAAGAGCCGAAACCCGUCAAGCUUAAAUCAUUGACAGAUUCAAAGGCAAAACUACGUGCUAAGCUGGCAAGCUGCAAAGCCGCGCAAACGGAAUGCAAUUUCGAGCUUACUUGGGCUGUCUUGCCACCUCGAGACUUGAAACCGAUCAGUGACACUCACAUGAAGAAGCUUGUUGCAAAUACCAUCGCUCUCAUUGGUGCCUGCGAGAGUAAGUAUGCUCUUAUGGGUGAUGACGAUGACAAGAAAGAGAUUGAAAAUAAGGCUGAACACCAGCUUAACGGUGUCGCUGAAGAAGCGAUUGUUGAAAGUGGGGAUGAAUCCUCACGACCCGUUUCCAGGGCAAACAGCUCGCAUGAUGACUCCACGGACGAGAAGACUGCCAAGAAGAAAGACAAGAAAAGGUCGAGGAAGAAACGGAAGAAUAAGACUAAGCUGGAAGAAGAUAAAGAUAAUCUAGAGCUCAUCAAACCAAGGAAAGAGAUUGAGUCUGGCGAUAUUGAGUUACUGAAAUAUCUGGUGGCCCAAAUUGCGAAACCACUCGCCGAUCUGCAAGAAAAAAUCGAUAGAAGUGUUGACGUUGUGACCUCAUGUCUAGCCUACUGCUAUGAGGUCUCCAAACUACCAUCGGGUGCUCGCGCGCCAAAAGGCAUCCAACUACAAGAGAUUGACAUCCGGAUCGAUAUAUUGAUAACAGCAUUGGCAGACUUCGACAAGAACUCUGCUAGUGCUCUCGAAGGCGCGGCAGCAUUGCAGGGUCUAGAUCAUCCCCAGGUGGACAUCAUGCCGAGAAUGGAGACAUUCCUGAUUUCGUCGUUCCUUCUAAAUCUCCGACAUGCUGCUUUUCAGAUUCUUCAGAUGUUACAUCAAUCCCGAGUCCUGGUUGAAAAACGACAGGCUCGACAUGGUAGACGACGCAUCUAUCUUCCUCGAAUUAACUGGCAAAAGUGGCUGGCCUCCGGAGGAGAAGAGGACAUGUUUGCAUUGCCUGAAAAUGCUAAAAAAGGAGCGAGAACCGGCAAGACAAAUAAGGCCUCAGAAGAUGAUGACGAUGAUUCUGCCACGAGCAAUGAGUCUUUACUCACGAAAAAAGACAUCGAGUCUGCUCCGACGAAUGAGUCGCGGUCACAAACACCAAAAGCAGCGAAGAAGGCCACAAAGCCAGAGAUCGUUAGCUCCAAGAAGCGUCCCUUGAUCGAUCGACUCCGGCAUAACCUUGCGGAUGGCAUUGAAUACUUAGCUGAGAGCGAUGAUUUCUUCUAUGCCCUCAAACUCACGAUUGCCGUCUUCCUCGUCACCUGGCCUGCCUUUGUAUACAAAUGGAAUACUUGGUAUUCUCUUAAUCGCGGUCUUUGGGCAGCGUUGCAACUCGUCUUAAUCACAGAAGUCGCUAUUGGUACAUCAGUAAUGACUUUCAUGUUGCGAGGAGUAGGGACUACAAUAGGUUGUAUAUGGGGCUAUGCCGCUUAUCAGGCUGGAAAUGGCAACCGCGUUGUUUGUGUGGUAUUACUCGUUACUGGCAUUAUACCUUCGACGUACAUCCAACUAGGAAGCAAGUAUAUCAAGGCCGGGAUGGUGUCCAUAAUUUCAAUGUGUAUUGUAGCUUUAGCUACAGAAGACCACACUGUCCCCGGCUCGGCAACGGAAAACUUUUUGAAACGCUGGAUUGCCUUUCUCAUCGGCGGCGUAGUUGCUCUCAUCAUCGAAUUGGUCCUCUUCCCAGUAAAAGCCCGAGACCGUCUAGUCGAAUCCUUAGCAUCAUCCAUCAGCCGUAUCAUCGAGAUGGAGGCCUGCCUCGCCUACGGCAUCGAAACCGCAGCCAACGUCGAUGUCCACGCAGGAGGUGUCAUGCAACGCUUCGAGCGCGCAAAAGGCAAAGCUGAAGGUGCUCUCACAGCAGCAGAAACUUUUCUCCCCUUCUGUGCCCACGAACCACGCCUCAAGGGCUCUUUCAAAGGCCUCGCCCUCGUCUACGCAGAGAUUUUGUACGUGCUACAUGCCAUAGUGGACAGAAUGGACAACAUGCACCACCUACGCCACGAGUACGGUUCUGGGGUCUUGGAGGAGUUAAACGCACAAGUCUUCGCCUAUCGCCGCAAUGUCGCUAGUUCAAUCACGCUAAUACUCUUCGCUGUUCACGAAGCUCUGACUACCAAAAUUCCACUCCCACAAUUCCUACCUUCUGCUCGCCUAGCACAUCUACGAAUGGUGAACCGCGUCCGAGAAGUUGUCGUCGCGAAUGAUGCCCAAGAUACACUGCGCUCGGAAAUCGAAAUGGCGAUGAUUAAACGCGUUGUCAGGCAAAAGUUUCAGAGCUGGAACGCUGCCAGCGCAGGGCAGAUUGAGGUUAUUGAAUACCUAGAGGAGCUGGUUGAUCUUACGAAGUUGCUGGUUGGGGCAAAUGAGUUUAGAAGUGGGUUGUUGACGAGACCGACAUAUCGGGAGUAUAUUGAGAGGAUUGAGAGAGGAAAUGGGCUUGAUAAGCUUGAUAAUACAGCCGACUCAACUUUUCUUCAACAAAAUGAUCAGGCGGACGAGGAUGAAGAAAGAGAUGUUAUGCCUGAACCUGAAAACGAAAAGAAAGUCCCCUCCAAGAAGAGGAGAGGAACGUUAUCGAAGCAUACAGACAGUGAGAUGAGUGAAGCUCAGCAGUUCGAGAAGCAAAAGCAAGCGAACGACGAAGAACUGCCUAGAUCAUUGCAGAGAGUCAGGAGUCGGAGACUCUCAGAGGCGAAGUUGCAGAAAACUAGAAGUCUUAAUGAAGACGCAAAGGGGAAGCGUGUAGAUAGAGGGGGCAACUCAACUGCGAUAUAA